AUGCCACCGAAAAACAAGAAAAACACAACAGCAUCAUCUUCCUCGGAAUCAGAUGAAAUCACAAUGACUCAAACAGGAACAGGUCUUCACUUGGAUUGUUGGCCAUAUAAUUUGUGGGGUAAAUUAAAGACAGAUUUUACAUAUGGUCCAUUGGAUAGAUUUAGACCUUUCCAAUCGAUGGUUUGUUUAACUGAUGGAUGUGUCAAUAGACAUAAGAAGGAGGGUGGAUUGGAGGUGAUUCCUGGAUUUGCCUCUGUGUGUGAAAAGUAUUUUCCAGCAGUGGAUCUAAAAUUGAGAUCAGCAAGUGAAAUGAGAGCUAAAUCUCCUUGGGUUAGUUCAUAUCAUUUGAGAUUUAAUAAGGAGGAGGAUAAACCAUUAUAUGAAUUGGUGAGGAAAGUUCAAAGAAUUCCACAAAAUUGGAAUCCACCACCUGCUAACAAUACUUUAGAUCAAUUGAAUAGUGCAGAUGAAAUGGUGGAAUAUGUGAGGAAUAUUGUAAAGGAGCAUGAUAGAUUGGAAUAUAUUCCAAUUAAGAAGGGUGAUUAUAUAUUCUUUGAUAAUAGAACAGCUCAUAGAAAUUCAGAUGCCAAUGAUAUGAAUAGACCUAGAUCUGUAUUUUAUCAUGCUUACAGUUGUGCUCACAAGGUCAAUUAUCAAACAAUCAAGCAAUUGCAAGAAAAGAGAAAACGUUUUGAACAUCCAGAUGAUUUUGGUACUAAAUUCAGAAUGGAACAACAAUUUUUAAAACCAGAAAAGGAUCUUGUACCAUUAACCCCACUCGGUGAAUGUCUUUACAAUGAGCAACCUUAUCAGAAUUUGUUGACUGUUGAUGAUGAACAUCCAGUUAGUGUGAUUGAUCAGAUUUUACAAGAGAAUGAUCACUUCCUCACUCAAAGACAUAUUGAUUUCUUCCAUAGAUUUGGAUAUGUAGUUGUGGAAAAUAUUGUAACAGAUGCUGAUUGUGAUCAACUUCUUGUAGAAUUAUGUCAUUAUUCCACUCUUGCAGGCUGUCCAAUUAGUGUCAAUGGUAAAUCAGUUUCACAAAAUCAAUUCGCAAAAAUUGGAGGAAAUUUUGGAGCCAUGGUUGAAUUCUACUAUUUACCAAUGCAACAACAAUUGAGAAUGAGUCCAGCUCUCUACACUGCGACUGUCAAGCUAUUAACAAAUACUUGGUGUAGUACAACUCCAAAUGCUUGGAAUGUUCCAUACGAAUGUCCACUAGCUCCACACAUUGAUCCUAGAAAGUUAUGGCUUUAUGUAGAUAGAAUGAAUUUCAGAUUACCUGAUCAAUAA